AUGAGCGACGAAAAUUUCUAUGGCGGUUUCGAGAUGUUGCAAGUGAUUUAUUUAAAUAGCAGAGAUGACCUGGAGCAGGUGGCGGCAGGGAACCCCUUCAAGUUUUGGGCAUUCGAAGGGUAUUGCGAACGAGCAGCCAACGGUGGCCGGUCCACCUCCUUUACUGUCCGCUUGACUCGCGAGUUCUUGGAACAGCAGCUUCUGUUUGGGGGAAUCAACUUCGAUCCUCUCUUCUGCACUUUUGCCCUCUACCCUGUGGCCGCCGCCGCCGCCAUCGCCGUCGCCUAA